AGAGAAUAUAAAAAUGUCGACUGAGAUUACAGCAGUGUGGGUGAGUGAUGAAGAGGAAGAUGUUGACAAAGACGUUUCUUUCUGUCGUUUUUCUGCCCAGGUGGCCAGUGGAUGAAGGCUGCAGGCACUGAGGAGUGCAACCCGAUGGAUGCCAUGUUAGACGGCCUAAUACAAACAGAACCUCUCCUACUCAGAGGGCAGAAAGUCGGGCUCCAGUGAUGAUCCUCUCACCUUGCCGCCAAUGGAAGGAGCAGCCAACAACUGGACAUAGACGCACAUCUGCCCACCUGGAUGGACCCCCGCAGCGAGCAGCAGCUGCAAUUUCUCCUUUGCCAUCAUCACUCACACUCCAGAACUCACUGUGACACGGUGGUACGUCUCGCAGAGGCACCUAUGAGAAGCCGAGGUUCGAGGGUGUUCAGCCAGUGGUGUAAAUGAGAGUUCGCUCGUCGCGUUCACCUCGCAGGAUUUUUCCCCUUCGCGUACAGCAGCCGACUGUUCACACCAGCACCCCGGGAGCGCGGGAGAAAAGUUAACCAGACCGGCAGGAACCGCUUGUUGGAAAAGAUUAUUGGCUCAAGAUCGCUUUCUCAGACACCAUGCAGUCAGAUGACCUCUUCAUACGCAAGUUUCGCCGGCAAAAUGUGCGGCCGCCUAUUGCCACCGUCAACUUUGACCACAAAAGGGAAGCUGGUGUAGUGGAGUGGCCCCCCAGGAGGGACGGGGAUGGCGCUGACGCCGACAGUCUCACUCCAAGCCGCGUGGGGUUGAACCUGAGGUCUUUGGGUCGGGGCCACAUCAUGCAGAGGAGCAACAGCGACGUGACCUUAGGAGACCUGGAUUCCUCCGGGAAGACAGGAGGGAAAGCAGUCCGAGUGGCCGGUGAGAAGGCGGGCUCUGGAGCUCAGGGGGACUCAGGUGUGCUGCUCCACAGGGAAUAUGGAAGCCUGUCAUCGCUGGAGAGACAGACUCAAGCUCAGGAGCCCAGAGCUGAAGAUCAAGGACCCCUGAGUCCAAACGCCCUCCGCUUCAAAGAUCCUUUCCUGCUUUUAGGACUGCAUGGCAACCCUCCAGAGCCUGAUGGCUUCUUCCGGGGCCUCUCAACUUCUGCUGGUGAUUCACCAAAACCUGCUAAGCCUCCUAAGCCUGAAGGUCUUAGUAAAAAGUCCAAAUCCACGCCCCCUCAGAUCCCUCAACCCGGUCCGUAUGACAACCUCGGGGGCGGAGCGUGGGUGAGAAACUUUGCCCACUAUGAUGUUCAGAGCAUCCUGUUCGACCUCACCGAGGCGGCCACAAACAGAGACAGCAUCGGACGCAAAAAGAAUAUCACCUCGGGGGCUUCGGCUGCCUCCCAGCUGCGCCCCCUCUCCCAGUCCACCCCCUGCUCACCCGCGCAGGGCGGGGGGAGCAACGGGGCCAACGCCGAUGACCCCGAACAGUCGCUGCUGCUCGAUGAAGGCGACGGAAAUGACAAUGAGCUCCUCCUCAGCUGUCCCCAUUUCCGCAAUGAGACAGGAGGCGAGGAGCAGGUGGGCCUGGGCCGGUCCUCGGGCCAGCGAGGGCUUUGGUCAAGCCUGCGUACUCCAAACGAUGCGGUGUCGGUCCUGGAGGAGCCCAGAGAGAGUCACGUCCAACUGCAGGGCAAGAGCAACUACUUCAUAGAGCAUGCGGAUCUGGGGGCCCAUUACUAUCGCAAAUAUUUCUACAUGAAAGAACAUCAGAAUUUCUUUGGAAUGGAUGAUCGUCUCGGCCCUGUGGCCAUCAGCUUUCGCCGAGAGGAAAAAGAAGGUUCCAGUGGAGCUCAGUACAAUUAUAGGAUCAUCUUUCGUACCACAGAGAUGAAGACACUGCGAGGUUCCAUCUUCGAGGAGUCGGUACCGUCUGCCGCUCGUCACACGACUCCCAGAGGCUUGUCUCCAAAGAGGCUGCUGGAGUUCAUCAUGCCUGAACUCAACCUGCACUGCCUUCGCCUGGCAUCGAACUCCCCAAAGGUCCGCGACACACUGCUCAAACUGGAUGAGCAGGGGCUGAAUUUUCAGAGGAAGGUUGGUGUGAUGUAUUGCCGGGCUGGACAGAGCUCAGAAGAAGACAUGUACAACAACGAGAGCUCCGGACCGGCAUUUGAAGAGUUCCUGGAUCUGCUCGGGGAGCGGGUGCGGCUGAAAGGCUGGGAAAAAUACAGAGCUCAGCUGGAUAACAAGACGGACUCCACCGGAACACAUUCCCUCUAUACGCGCUAUCAGGACUAUGAGAUUAUGUUCCAUGUGUCCACCAUGCUCCCCUACACAGCCAACAACACCCAGCAGUUGCUGAGGAAGCGACACAUCGGCAACGACAUUGUGACGAUCGUGUUCCAGGAGCCAGGCGCCCUGCCCUUCACUCCAAAGUCCAUACGCUCUCACUUCCAACAUGUCUUCAUCAUCGUUCAGGUUCACGAGCCCUGCACUGACAACACCUACUACAGGGUGGCUGUGACACGCUCUAAAGACAUGCCAUUAUUUGGUCCUCUGUUCCCUAAGGGUGCACGAUUCCCUCGCUCACUUGCCUUCAGAGAUUUCCUCCUGGCAAAGGCAGUGAACGCCGAAAAUGCCGCGGAGAAGUCCGAGAAGUUUCGCUCCAUGGCCACCCGCACGAGGCAGGAAUACCUGAAGGACCUGGCAGAGAACUAUGUGACCACCACACCCAUCGACUCCUCCACCAAGUUCCCUCUGCUCUCGCUGGGCAGCAAGCGUAAAGACAAGCAAAAGGGCGCUAAAGGGGCCGAGCUGCACAGCGCCGGCGCCCUGGUGUGGGCGGUGAUGGUCAACAGCAGGGACGAAUGGGAGGGAGGCGAGCAGAAGCUCCACUGCCUGCUCGGAGUGUCGGCCGAGUCGGUGGUGCUCAUUGAGAGGUUCACGCGCAGGGUGGUGUUCAACUGCUCCUGCCGGGACGUCAUCGGCUGGAAGGCCGUGAUGGAGAGUAAGGAGGGGGGGCCGUGUUUGGAUAUCUUCUAUGAGCGCGGGGACUCGGUUUCUCUCAGUGUCCCGGAAAGUCAAGCAGAAGACAUAAAGGAGGUGGUGCAAAGGCUCGAGCUGAUCACACGGGGCUGUGAGGCACUGGAAGUCACCCCCCUGCGCGACGGGGUGGGCCAGCCAGGGUUCCUGAUGAACGAGGAGGGGUUUGUGACGGAGCUGCAGAGGUUCUGCUAUGCCGAGAGCGGAGGCCUGCAGCUCUGGGCCCGCGUGGUGCGGCUGUGCGGACACUCCCUCGUCCGUCUGAGCCCCGAGGAGAGGACCAGGCUGCUGCGCACCGCGCACAAGAUCCACAUCACCGUCAUCCCUCCAGAUGAGAAUGGCAAGCCUCGCAGAAGUUUCUCUGAGCUUUAUCAGAAGGCCAUCAAGGAUGCAGAGUGCAAGCCCGGCGAGGAUCGGUCAGGAGAGGCCUGGGUGCUGGAUGAGAGGGAAGAGGAAGAGGAUGAAGAGGAUCAAGCAAACGAGGAUGAGCCGAAGGCGGGUGGAGUCAGUGAAGUGGAAAAGAUGGAGGUGCAGACAGCGGCAGAAGGGGGAGAAGAACAGUCUGGUGAUAAAGAGCCAUGUGAGGGAGAUACCAGCUCCCUCCUCACACCGCCCAGUUUGCCUUUGUUAAGAGCCACUUCUCUGCAGGACCAACCGUCCAAUCAGAGUCAGGAGGGCAGCACCUCGCAGCUCACUCGCAGCCUCUCUUUAGAGAGACAACUGUCCCUCACAGACAUGAGUGAUGGCCACGUGUAUGACAAUGUGGGGUUGAAAGGGGAACGGCACAUCUAUGAGAAUGUCGGGGAGUUGAUGGACGCCACACCUGAUCUGAUCCUGGCUGUCAAGCCCAAAGUUCCCCUGGACGACGAGCAGUUCAUGGCCGCUCAGUUUGGUGAAGACAAAGCCUCAGCAAGUGAUUCCUGUCUCUCGUCUUCCCGGUUGUCAAGUGUUGACCGAGCUGAAAGAAACUCACGAGCCCUAAGUCUUCACAACUCCAUCACCAAGAUUCUCUCGGAGACCGCAGAUUCGACUGAGGAGGAGUGGCAGUCCAUUGCUGACCUGGCGACGGCCUGCCGCAGCAUCUUGGAGGCUUUGUCACGAGAGGAUCGCAAAGACUCUCAAGGAGGAGCCGACCAGACUGACGGCAAGCUGAAAGACUCAAAGGAGAGUGACUCUCCAGGCCACCUGGAAGAGAAGGUGUCGCAGCUGGAGGCCAUGCUGAAGAAGCUGCAGGAUGACCUGCAAAAGGAGAAAGAGGACAAGGCGGUGCUGCAGGCCGAGGUCCAGAGCCUCAGGCAGAACAACCAGCGGCUGCAGGAGGAGUCGCAGAGCACGGUGGCCCGCCUCAUCAAAGUCACCGAGCUGCUGUGCAACGUCAACAAGCCCUGUUAA